AUGUCGCUUAUAGAGAAUGUAUUGUCUCUAACGUCUUCCGAAAACUCUGCCCCGUUUGCAUGGGUUCAUUUGGAACCGGUACCUCCACCCCAACAAGUGUUGUCUCAUCGACAGGAUAUCAAAUACGCUUUCUUAUACCCGCUAUCAGACGAGUCCCUCUCGAUUUCAACAAUCUCGGCAUCGCUAUACCCAUCGUACAGGGAUGGCACGUGGAAACUGGACCAGUCAAACAUCGCCCAUGUCUUCAAUCUCUGCUGCUCCACUUUAGACAAGUAUUGGUUGUUGCAACUAUUGUUGGCGAAAUAUGCAAGAGGCCCUUUGCUAACAAAGAUUUCUAUGGUCCGUUACUUAAAACUGUAUACCCACAGGGAGAAGGUCAAGGGUGGAGUCAUCAGUGAAGCCAUCGAUGCAAUUGUCGUUGGGAAAAUAAGUGAAAGUCCAACAUCUUUAUUUUUCAAACAAAUUAUAAAUGUGUUGAAUUUGUAUCACCUGGAGAUGAUGCUUUCUGCCGGGGAAGAUUUUAAGAGAGUGUUGAGAUUGAAGGAGUUACUCAAUGGUCAAGUCACAUUGAAGAAUAGCAGCGUUGUCUUGGACAGUUUACAGAGGAAACAUAAGGGGACUACUAAAACCAAAGAUGUUUUCCCCCAAAUUGAAAAACUAUUUGACAUGUUGGCGAUCUUCAAUCCAAGGAUUGCUAAAACCCCAGAAUUUGUUCCUGAAGAAGAAGCUGACGAUGCAAAUAGAUCUGUAGAGCUUAUUCUACGUUGCUGUUUCAGGCAACAGUCAGUUAAAGAAUCGAGUAUUCUUGAUGGAUUGUGUGACACCACACUACGAGGGUUCCCAUCUGCUAUUUUUAACGCAAGGUCUAGUUUGUGGGAUGCAGUCUACAGUAUAGAUUUUUUGAAAAUGAAGAAUUUAACGGGUUGGCAUUCCAUCAGGAAAUUCAUGGAGUCAAAUGAAAGACGUUCUUUCUCAACUAGUGUGAGCCAUAGGUUGGUUAUACCCAUUCAAGUGGGGACGCCGUUUAAAAUAAUGCGAUGUGUUGAGGGUAAGGAUUUGUCUAGGGUUGCCAACAAAUUAUCAGAGGCUUCACCUACUGAUAAUGAACCACAAGGGUUUUGUGUUGAGGAUAAACUUGACGGCGAACGCUCUUGCAUUCAUUUGUGGAGGGACUCAAACAAUGCUUCGUUUAUUCACAUGGUGUUUUAUAGUAGGAACAUGAUCAGGCAAACUUGGUAUGGCUCAUAUGUUGGUGAUCCAAGCGGCACAAUUACAAAGUAUAUGAAGAAUGAGUUCUUUGAGGGAAUUCAGAAUAUGAUUUUAGAUGGCGAAAUGGUUACAUUCGACGAAGAGAAGCAAAAUUUACUUGGGUUUUCAAGUGUUAAAAAAUGUGGAGAAUGCAAUAUGGAAGAACUAAGAAAGGGAGUGGAUUUAAGAAAAGCCAAACUGUACAAUAAGUUUUUAUGUUUUGAUAUCCUUUACCUAAACAAUGAAAGUUUACAGUUAACAACAUUAAGGGAAAGAAAAAAUAAGCUGCAAGUUUCCCUUCAAAACUUUGGAUUCGAAGAGUGUAAAUUCUUCGAACUUCAUAACUACAACGUUGGGUAUAAUGUAGAAGAUCUACAGAUAGCCUUAGAUAACGUUAGAGCUAGAAACGGUGAAGGGUUAGUGAUGAAGAAAUGGGAUUCUUUGUAUUUUGUCGGCACCAACUCCCCAUAUUGGCUUAAAAUCAAGCCUCAUCACAUUGAAAACUUUGUUGAGGAUCUAGAUGUAUUGAUAAUUGGGAUGGAAGGUAAGGGUAAUUAUAUUUGUGCGUUGUAUGGCGGGGAUGAUGAUUCCGAUUCUGAAUAUUAUAAGACCUUUGUGAGUUUCACUUUGCUUGUUUACGGAAUCACCAGAGAAGCAAGAGAUUAUAUUAGCGAGAAAACCAGUGGAUGCUGGAAACCGUACUCGAAGUAUUCGAUGGCAGAGAUUGAAGAACAAAACGUCAAAUUUGGGAAAAUGAAACCGUUACAAUGGAUCAAUCCUCAAGACAGUGUAGUGAUUACCGUGAAGUCAUCCAGUUUGAAUUUUAGUGAAGACGUCCAAAGGAAAUUUGUGUUGAGUUCGACUUUAGGACACCCAUAUUUCAUGUCAGUCCGAUAUGACAAAAUGUACUAUGAAUGUGACACUGUUGGCGCAUACCAAGAGAGAGUUGAUACGAUUCGAAAGAGAAAGCUAAACUACAAUGCAGAUCGUAAACCAAAGCUGAGGCGCAAAGCAGAUACAAAGAAAGCCAUCGAGUUAAGAGAUAUCAAUCGAAAUAUUAUUAGGACAAUAGCCCAGAUAGACGAUCUAUUUCAAGGCAUAACUUUCUGUGUAAUAAGUGACUGUUUAAUUAACGGGAAAUGGGUGGAUAUGAGUGAGGUCAAUGGGAUACUCGAGUCGCAUGGCGGUAAGUUGAUAAGUAAUCCACACCGUUAUCAAGGGGAUAAGUUACUAGUCAUUUGUGAGCGAAAGACAUCGAACGCCGUCAUUUACAGCAACGACUACGAAAUUUUCAAAUUCAAAUGGUGUCUUGAUAGCAUUCGAUCUAAACGUCUCGUUAGAUUUGAUCCAUCACAUUGUUUUAUUGUUAGUAAUGCUGUAAGGGAGAUAUGCGAGAGAAACAUCAACAAAUUGGGUAUCAAUUAUAGUGUGGACUAUGAUAUUGGGUUAUUUCAACUUGCUCAGCAGAAAAUAGAGGAUGGUGUUUUGGUUGAACAACCAUUAGCAGCAAACUACAUUGAUCAAUUGGGAUACACUUUCUACAAUGAGAGGGUUAAAUUUCAGGGAUUCUCAGAAAUUACAAGUUUCCAACUGCAAAUAGCUCAAGUGGAGCUUGAGAUAUGUGGAGGUACUGUUGUUUCAAACCUCGACGACGCUACAGUACUCGUUGUGCCCGAAAAACAGGAUCUCUCCACAGUGGAGAGUAUCUCUGAAGGUCGUCCAGUUUAUACAUGGCAAGAGUUUCUCAACAUGUGCAGAGACCGCGAACGUGGAAACAGUGUAUAA